UAUGUUAACUCUGAACACUACUGAUGGUGGGCAUGUGGCCCCGUUGCCUCUUCCCCUGCAGGCGCCCUGUGAACGCUGACUUCAUCACCUGGCGGGGGCACCUCACCAAGGUGCUGACGACGCCCUACGAGAACCACGAGGGCUGGCUGCGGGCCGUCAGCCUCUUCCGCGGCACGCUGUACGUCAGCGAGGUGGAGACACCGGCGGCCCGGCAGCAGCGGGAGCAGCGCUCCGACAUGCUGCAGGAGCUGGCCUACAUGGGCUACAAGUUCGAGCACUACAUGUGUGCCGACACGCCAGACGGGAGCCCGGACCCCACGGGCGUGGUGAACACCAAUGAGGCCUUCUGCACAGUGGUGCGCACGCGGCUGGGCCCCCACUCGCUGCUCUUCGCCGGGGAGGUGGACUGCACCGACCCCCACGGGCCCUCGCCCCCCGCCUGCUACGUGGAGCUCAAGACGUGCAAGGAGAUGCACAGCCAGGCACAGCGCCGCAUCUUCUACAGGUGUGUCGCCCACCCUCCCCAGCCCAGCACCCUCCUGCCCCCUGGGGUGCGUGGCCUCCGUGCCCCAAGCCACACCCUCCCUCGAGCCGGAUACCGCAAAGGCACUGGGCGGCCGGUGUCUAUGGCCCUUCUGUGGUACCCCUCCCGCUCCCGGCUCCACUGUCCUCCCGCACCCCUGCCUCUUCCUCGCGUGCCAGGCCCUCGUCCCACCUCUAUGCUGGUUGAAAGCUGCUCCCUUCCCCCACAGGGCGAGCAAGGCUGCUGGAAGCCGGCCGUGUGCAUGAAUUUCUGCGAGGCCUUCCUGGCCUUCCUCAAGCGGGUGGUGACAGAAGAUGACCCACAGUGAGUAGAAGAGUCCACAGUCUGUUUCGUUUUACUCACCU